AUGAUCGCUAGGAGAGCGCGGUGCCUAGAGGCGCUACGCUUUCUGCGCUACGUCAGGAAGGUGUUAGAAGAGAAGGGGGAGGACGCAGCUGCCGCCGCUGCGGCUGUCGCCGCCGGGCAUGGUUGGGACUGGGUCGAAGAGAACUGCAGAUGCGUCUUCGACCUUCUCGGCGCAGUCCCGCUCAUACGUUCUCUUGACCCGGUCUUCCGAAGAAGGCUGCUCUGGAUGCUUGAUCUCGCCAACCGUCAGGAGGGCCAGAUACUCUUCCGCCAAGGCGAUAAACAAGAAGCGCUUUGGCUUAUUCUCGACGGACGGAUUGGCGUCCGCUCGACAGAUAAGCAAGGAGUUGUCCACCAUACUGGAGAGUUCAACUCAGGGCACGUGGAAAAUUUGAACCGCGUCGUUCGAGUUUGGCGCGCAGACCAUGGGUUUGUCGGUUGGUCAGAGAGGGUCGGUUCUACGGACGGAAAAUCACCUCAACUGUCACAAACACCGCCCUCCACCCAGGUCGUCGGCAGCAUCCUCCCCGAGAAGCGGCUGGCGACAGUGAUCUGCCUCGAGCAGUGCACCUUGCUCCAGCUCGACCGCGCUACUUUUCUCCAGGCCUUGAACGACCCCGAGGCGCAGCGCGCCGUCGUGAAGAAGAACUUUUUCCGAUCCGUGUCCCUCUUCAAGGGCCUUGGAGAGAGGGACCUCGACCGGCUGGUCUCGGUUUUCCACCACACCACGCUGGAGGCGGGAGACGUUCUGUGCCGGGAGGGGGAGCGGGUGGACUACCUCUACCUUGUACAGCGUGGCAACCUUCGCCUCCUGAAGGCAUUUGUGCCCCUCCCUGAUGAUGAUGACGAUGAUAACGAUGAUGAUGAUGAUGGUGGUGGUGGUAGCGCUGAUGGUGAUGAUGGUGUCCCUGCUCGACAGCGACGACGGGCAGAGGACAAAGCGGGGUCUGAGUUGGAGUCAAACACGGAGACGGAGACGGAAUCGGAGAGAAUUGGAAGCAAUGCGGCGCAACGAAGGGAGCGGACCCACGAACAUGAGCAGGAGAAACAACAAGAGCCCCGGCACCAGCGGCAACAGCAGCAAGAGCAUCGGCAACAGCGAGCGGAAGCACCAAGGCGAGGAGUAGCGAGGAAGUCUCUGUCAGCUACAAGCAACGAGAAUGCCAACAUUGCCAACGGUGACAGCUGCCGACGCAGCAGUGGCCCGGGGGCACAGCAAGCACUACCAUCAUCAGCAUCGCCAUCACCAUCAUCACCACCCAUGAGGGUGCGAUACUUCGAUCUCGGAGUCGUGGGGCGACGAGAGUUUAUCGGGGAAGGAGGCUUCACCUCAGCCGCGUUCGCGGGGGCAGGUGCACUGAAAGCCGCCGGGGGCAUGGUCGGAGAAGAUGUCCGAGACGGAGGGAGUAUGAAAGGCAGGAGGCUCGAGGGGGCUAGGCCCGGAUCAGCAGCAGCAGGAGAAGAAGAUGGACCGGGGGGGGCAAGGGUGAGAAGGAGCGUCUGGAGUAGCUGCCACAAGAACCGCGGGGUUGUCGUUUCGCGGAUCGGGGGAGACUACCUAGUGUCAGCCUUCGCUGAGGGCCGGGUGGACAUCUUUGCGGCGAAAGUUUGCCACCUGUUGCCCUUGCAGUCGGCCGCCCUCAAGCUCUGCUGGAUCGAGGGGUGUGAGGCGCACAAAAUGAAGGAGCGAGAGUGGAAGGCGGAUGCGUUGGCUGCCAAGCUGAGAAAGCAGAUUGUGUGGGAGCGCACCAAACGGGCCAUCGUUAUGGAUAGCAUACGGAUAGGCGUACUCGAGAAGCGGAUGGCGAUGGCCGUCAGCCGGGCGGAACGGGCAGAGCGUGGGAGGGGCGUUGAGAACAGCCGUAGAGGGAACAACGGUAGCGGUGCCAGAACCAACAGCAACGCCGCCGCUGUUGCUGAAUUGCCCCAGUCUCAUGAAGCAGGAGGUUAA